AAGGCAUUAAAAAUGACAACAGAGAAGGUAUCAGUGUUGUUGUUUAUGGUUUUGUUUGCUUUUGAAAGGUCAUAAAGAGGCAUCAGUGUUGGUUUCAGUCUGUUUCUCAGCUGGUGGAAAAACUCCUCAUAGUGCCUUUAAAUUUAAGAAUUAGAAUUAAAGAAAUUUUUGAAAAUACAAGUUUUAAUAAAGACACUGAACUUCCUCUUCAUCAAACAAUAGUGGGAGAAAUAUUCCAUCCUGACCCCUGGACUUGUAUUGUUCCUGCAUUGCCUGGUACUGUAUAUGGAUCAAUAUCUGUCUGCUAAAGCGUCCCCGUUAGGAUCAGCUGGCCUCGCCUCAUCAGCUUGUUGCCACAAUAUGCAACCUGAGGCUCGUCGGCGUGGAAAUGACGUGUGACUCCGCAACUUUUGGCGAGCCCAUAAAGGAUGGACUGUCCUCUCACAGUCGCACUUAGGCGAGAAAAAGAGCGACCUGACGGAGAGGGAUCAGAGACCAGGGACCAGAGACCGGCGACCAGCGAGACACAAAGGCACAGCACAGCAGUUCUUUCUGCUUUGGAGGGGAAGACAACACAAACUGUGACAUCACAUUGGAGGCACAUUUUGGAGGACAAAACAAGCGACCACCCUCUCUCUCUCUCCAUCUCUCUCCCUCUCUCUCUCUCUCCAUCUGUGAAAACGGAGCCACUCAGGGGACAUACAAAUGUGAGCGACGCGCACGGAUUAGACUCAGGUGCAGAGAAACCAAACUGGCGGCGCACUUAGGAUGCAGAAGUCACCAGUGGAAGAUGCAAACUUCCUCUCCAAGUUUUUCUUCUGGUGGACAACACCGCUGCUGAGGAAGGGCUUCAGGAAGAAGAUACAGCUUUCAGAUGUAUAUAAAGCUCCGUCGUUUGAUCUGGCAGACAACCUCUCUGAGAGACUCGAAAGAGAAUGGGACAGAGAGCAGGUGUCAGCCAAGAAGCAGCCCAGGCUGAUGAGAGCGCUGGCCCGCUGCUUCUUCGGCCCUUUCGCGUUCUUCGGCGUCCUCCUCUACCUCGGGGAAGCCUCAAAGACGGUGCAGCCUCAGCUCCUGGGCCGCAUCAUCGCCUCCUUCGACCCCUUCCAUGCUCCUGAGCGGAAUCAGGGAUACUUCCUGGCUCUGGGCCUUUGCCUCCUCUUCACUGCUCGCUUCCUGCUGCUGCAACCCGCCAUCUUUGGCCUGCAUCACCUGGGCAUGCAGAUCCGCAUUGCCCUCUUUAGUCUCAUAUACAAGAAGACUCUGAAGCUGUCGAGCCGAGUCCUGGAUAAAAUCAGUACCGGUCAACUGGUCAGUCUGAUGUCUGCCCACCUCAACAAGCUGGAUGAGAGCUUGGGUCUGGCCCAUUUUGUAUGGAUCACCCCGCUGCAGUGCAUACUGUGCGUGGGUCUGAUCUGGGAGCUGAUCGAGGUGAACGGCUUUUGCGCACUUGCAACUCUGACUCUGCUGGGCAUCAUUCAGGCAUGGCUGUCCCAGAAGAUGGGACCUCACCGGGUGAAGAGAGGAGGGAUGAUCAACCGCCGCCUGGCUCUCACCUCAGAGAUCGUGGAGAACAUCCACUCUGUGAAGGCGUACGGCUGGGAGGACGUGAUGGAGACCAUCAUCAAGAACAUCAGGCAGGAUGAGAUGACACUAACCAGGAAGAUUGGUUCCCUGCGUUACUUCUACAGCGCCGCUUACUUCUUCUCCGCCAUCUUGGUCAUCGUGUCGGCCAUCGUGCCACACGCGCUGAGUAAAGGCAUCAUCCUGCGCCGUAUAUUCACCACAGCCUCCUACUGCAUGGUGCUGAGGAUGACACUGACCCGCCAGCUGCCAGGAUCCAUCCAGAUGUGGUAUGACACGCUGGCACUGGUCAAGAAGAUCGAGGAGUUCUUGUUGAAAGAGGAAUACAGAGUGCUGGAGUACAACCUGACGACCACCGAGGUGGAGCUGAUCAACGUGUCUGCAUCCUGGGACGAGGGCAUUGGUGAACUGUUUGAGAAGAUCAAGCAGGAGAACAAAGCGAAUGGACACCUGAACGGCGACGCCGGCCUCUUCUUCACCAACCUCUACGUCACACCUGUCCUCAAAAACAUCAGCCUGUACCUGGAGAAGGGCAAGAUGCUGGCGGUAGCUGGAUCCACCGGCUCUGGGAAGAGUUCUCUGCUCAUGAUGAUCCUGGGAGAGCUGGUACCAUCAGAGGGUAAAAUCAGACACAGCGGACGUAUCUCCUUCUCGCCGCAGACUUCCUGGAUCAUGCCGGGGACGAUACGGGACAACAUCCUGUUCGGCCUGACCUAUGACGAGUACCGCUAUACUUCUGUCAUCAAGGCCUGCCAGCUGGAGGAGGAUUUUGCCUUGCUGCCGGAGAAAGACAAGACUUUCCUUGUUGAAGGAGGGGUGACCCUCAGCGGCGGUCAAAGGGCUCGCCUCGGCCUGGCCAGGGCUGUGUACAAGGACGCAGACCUCUACCUGCUGGAUGCACCUUUCACCCACCUGGACAUCGUGACGGAGAAAGAGAUCUUUGAGAAAUGCGUUUGUAAACUGAUGUCCUCCAAGACUCGUAUUGUGGUCACCAGCAAGUUGGAGCAUCUCAAACGCGCCGACAAAAUCCUGCUCCUUCACAACGGAGACUGCUACUUCUACGGCACCUUCUUAGAGCUGCAGGCGAAGCGACCUGACUUCAGCUCCCUCCUCCUCGGGCUUGAAGCUUACGACAACAUCAACGCAGAACGCCGCAGCUCCAUCCUCACUGAAACUCUACGCAGGGUCUCCAUCGAUGAAACCGCAGGCUUCCGAGGCCCGGAGCCUCUGCGCCAGUCCUUCCGCCAGCCACACCCUCCGAUAAUAGUCUCAGGACCCCAAGGUCAUCCUGGAGGUGACGGCUACCCAGAGAAACGCAAGCAGUCCCUCAUCCUGAGUCCUCUAGCAGCUGCACGCAAGUUCUCCUUCAUAGGGAACUCCCAGCAGACUGCGAACGCUCCCCAGUCCAUGAUGACUGAGGACGGGGUUCGGGAGCUCUCUGAUAGGAAAUUCUCUGUAGUACCUGAGGACGAUCAAGUGGAGGAGGUUCUCCCGAGGGGGAACGUGUACCAUCACGGGCUGCCGCACCUCAACGGGCAGCGGCGUCAGUCUGUCCUGGCUUUCAUCACUCACACUCAGGGCCAGGAACGCAGAGAGCAGAUGCAGUCCUCCUUCAGGAGGAAGCUGUCCAUCACGCCGCAGUGCGACCUGGCAUCAGAGCUGGACAUCUACGCUCGCCGCCUGUCCAAGGACAGCGUUUAUGACAUCAGUGAGGAAGUGGACGAAGAAGACAUGGAGCAAUGCUUUGCAGAUGAACGGGAGAACGCCUUUGAAACUACCUCGUGGAGCACAUAUCUACGCUACAUCACCACAAACAAGAGCUUAGUCUACGUCCUGCUCUUCAUCCUCUUUGUCUUUAUCAUUGAGGUUGCUGGUUCAGUCAUUGGAAUUUUCCUCAUUACUGAUGAGAUCUGGAGAGAUGGCGCCAACCCUUCCUCUCCCAACUACAUCGACGAGCAGCACCCCAAUGCCUCCUCCACCCCCGUCCAUCUAGCAGUCAUCGUCACACCCACCAGUGCUUACUACAUCAUCUACAUCUACGUGGCUACAUCAGAGAGUGUGCUGGCUUUAGGGAUCUUCAGGGGUCUCCCGUUAGUGCACACGUUACUAACUGUGUCCAAAAGACUGCACGAACAGAUGCUGAGCGCUGUGAUACGAGCCCCCAUGGCUGUGCUCAACACCAUGAAGACGGGUCGGAUCAUGAACAGAUUUACAAAGGAUAUGGCCACCAUCGAUGACAUGCUGCCUCUGGUCCUGUUUGACCUCAUACAGCUGACACUGAUCGUCACAGGUGCCAUCUUCACCGUCUCCAUCAUGCGGCCUUACAUCUUCAUUGCUGCCAUCCCGUUGGCCGUCAUCUUUGUCAUCCUCAGAAAGUACUUCUUAAGAACGGGACAGCAACUCAAGCUGCUGGAGGCUGAAGCUCGUAGCCCCAUCUUCUCACACCUCAUCAUUUCCCUGAAGGGUUUGUGGACGAUUCGAGCUUUUGGGCGUCAGACCUACUUUGAGACUCUCUUCCACAAGGCGCUGAACACCCACACCGCUGCAUGGUUCCACUACCUGGCCACGCUGCGAUGGUUCCUCUUCAGAUGUGACAUGAUCUUUGUCCUGUUCUUCACCGCCGCUGCUUUCAUCGCUGUUGGAACCAACCAGGACAAACCAGGAGAGGUUGGCAUCAUUGUGGCGCUGGCCAUGCUCAUCCUGGGAACUUUCCAAUGGGCUGUCAUCACCAGCAUCACUGUGGACGGACUGAUGCGUUCAGUGGAUCGGGUGUUCAAGUUCAUCGACCUGCCCCCAGAGGAGCCAAUGCCAAAGAAACCUGCGGGUAAAGGGGGCCCUGACCUGGUCAUUGACAACCCACACGCCCACGACUGCUGGCCCAACCGGGGUCAGAUGGACGUCCAGGGUCUGACUGUCAAAUACACCGAGGCUGGACGCGCUGUCCUCGGUGACAUCUCUUUCUCUGUGGAUGGAGGGCAGAGCAUAGGUCUGCUGGGUCGGACAGGCUCGGGGAAGAGCACCCUGCUCUCCGCUCUGCUGCGUCUCGCCUCCACUGACGGAGAAAUCUCUAUUGACGGCGUCUCCUGGAGCUCCGUGUCCCUGCACACGUGGAGGAAGGCGUUUGGUGUGGUGCCGCAGAGAGUCUUCAUCCUGACUGGAACCUUCCGGAUGAACUUGGACCCUCAUGGACGGCACAGUGACGAGGAGCUGUGGAGGGUAGCUGAGGAGGUGGGCUUGAAGUCGGUCAUCGAGCAGUUCCCAGACAAGCUGGACUUCCAGCUGGAGGACGGAGGCAACGUGUUGAGCAACGGACACAAACAGCUGCUGUGUCUCGCCCGCUCAAUCCUCAGCAAGGCUCGCAUCCUGCUGCUGGACGAACCCUCGGCCUACCUCGACCCCAUAACGUUACAGGUCCUGAGGAAGACGUUGAAGCAUGCGUUCUCUGGCUGCACUGUCAUCCUCUCUGAACACAGAGUGGAGCCGCUGCUGGAGUGUCAAUCCUUCCUGAUGAUCGAGGGCAGCUCCAUGAAAAGCUACGACUCCAUCCAGAAGCUUCUGAACGAGACGAGUCACCUGAAGCAGGCCAUGAGCCCCGCCGACAGGCUCCGCCUCUUCCCCAACCUGCACCGCCUGAACUCCAGCAAGAGGGCGCCACCGCAGACCGCCAAGAUCUCGUCCCUACCGGAGGAGGCCGAGGAUGAAGUCCAGGACACUCGCCUCUAAACUGGCCAGACACUCAAACAAACACACAUAUAACACACACUAAUCUGAACAAGCACAGACACAAGCAGCAAAUAAUCCUGUGUUUUCAUACAGAUGAUUGAAGGACUCAUUGGGAAUGUUGAGCCGUUUAAAGCCAUAAUCAUCUUUAGAGAUCAGAUUAACGCUCACACAGAUACAGCUCAUGAACAGAGACAUGCUGCAGGGAUGACACAGUGAACUAAGCAAUUCAAAAACAGCACAUUUCUAUGCUGCUCUUAUCAUUUAUUGCCAGAAAUGUACACAAACAUACAACUGGAAGAUGUUUGCACACUUGUACUAAAAAAGUUCUGUCUGAGGAUCACAUUACAGUGUGCAAAAAAAAAUCCAAAACACCACCGCAGGCUUAGAAAAGAUAAAACUAAUUUAUCAUGAAGCCUAAUUUUAAGAUUCAGCAACACACAAAUAAAAAGACACAGAGGUCUGCAGAUCCUGAGAAUGUUUUGUUGUAAAUUUAAAUUAAAAAAAGAUAUAUAAAAAUAAUGAAUGAGCCGGUAAAUGUGCUGCAGGUGAGACCGAACCUUCAGAAUCAUGGGAGAUAAAAUCCUCCAUGAGCAGAGCGAGAUGUAGAAGUAGAAGACAAGUGCCUUUGAAAUGUAAAUACCCCAUAACAUGCUCCAUCAUCUGAGAUUCAGUCUCAUGUGUCUGAAUCAUCUCCAGUGCCUUCACAGGUUUCAGUCCCUCAGCUCAUAGUUAUAUUUUUGGGGCUUUUAAACCUUUACUCAGAGAGGAGGAGAGGACAGUGGAUAGAGCAGGAAGCUGAGAGAGAGAGAGAGUGGGGUCAAUUUAACCAUUAGGGCUAAAUCUGCACCCAGUCAGCUCAUUUUUAGCAGCUGGAGACACUUAGAGAUCCUCGAGCUGAAGUAAUCCUCUUAAGUUUCCUGAAACAGUAUUUGCUUUAAAAAAGCAUGAUUUUAAAAUCUUAUGAAUCAGUUUGAAGUAAGGGAUGAAUAUCCAAGAAGAGCACAAACAAGCAGCUGUUAAAGAAGUCUGUGUGUCUGAUCUGAUUGAGGCUAUAGUAUAAAGGCUGGACUGAAACCUGGACCUUCUUUUAUGUACAUUUUGCUCCAGUAUUUACUAUGUAAAGGUACUCAAAGGGCUGCCUUCUUUAAAAGCAAAAAAAAAGAAUGACAAACAGAAACAUUAGAGCACACUUUGUCUAUGCCAAGAGGCUUGGAUCCACCAAGUACAAUGUUUUCUGCAAUAAUUCAGACAACAAACGCACAGGUAUCAACAUGUCUGUCUAAUCCUAAUCCAUAUCAGUCAGGCUCACAAACAUAAAUAAAGUAAAGCUCAGUAAAUCCUCCAGGAUGAACACAUCAGGGCUUUGAGAUAAAAGCUUUCAAAUGCAAACAUUUGCAGCUGCAGAUGUUCAGACUCCUGCAGCAGCUUCAUCUGCAACACCCUAAAGUAUCUUUUGCAGCACACACACACAUACACACACAUUUAAAGGGACAGUGGAGCUGCUGGCCGACACUUUGAACCUGACAUGACUCAGAUACUCGUAUUUUUCUAUCUGAAUGCACUUUAGAGACAGCCUGAGGUACUCAUCAGCUUCCAAAGCGAGGAAACAGUCGAAUGAUUGAAUGCUGUACAGUUGUGUUUUCUUUUCAGUUCCUCCAUAAGAUGCCGUUUAGGUUUGAGUAUUGUCAUAACAAAUGAUGCUUUGUACUUUAUUCUUUUUGUCUCUGUCUGUUCGUGAAUCACAGAAAAGUCAGUGAUUCAUCAAAAACCUCUUCAGGAAAAGUCUAUUUUCUCAGAGCUGUUCAAACACUUAUAUCCUGUUUUUUUUAGUCAUGUUUUAUCUUUUCUUCCCAAAGAAACUGGAACCAUUUUAACUCUUCUAAUUCACUUUAUGCUCUUUGGUUGAGGGAAGAGUGUGUUGCUCCUUUCUUACUGAAUGAUAGGUUUGUAAAGCAGCAGAAAUUCAAGGUACUGUGGAGAUACGCCUCGAUAUCUUAACUGUGAUGAAUUUUUUUUUACAAAGUAAAUUAAGAACAGAGCGGUUUCUUACUCAUAGGAAAGGGACGCAGAAAUGUCCAUAAAAUGUAUAAUUGUAUUUGUUCAAUCAACUAUAUUUCCAGUAAAACUAAAGAUUUUGAGAAUU